GCUCUUCCUCCCUUUCUUCCCGACGGCGAUGUUUGCGGCGAGAGUACGAGGUUCCCUUAAACCUUUGCUCAACGGAAGACUUAGCUCCUAUCUAAGCCGAAACUGUGAAAUUGUAGCGAAUUCGAGGCGUGUUUUACUUGAUAGAUUCAAGGAUGGUGAUGGGACUCUGACUAGCUUGCGGUUACAGUGUUAUUCCUCGGGAUCUGAUGUUGGAGUGAAAGCUCAAGCAACUAUGGAUGAUUUAUUCUCAGAGCUUGGUUCUGUGAAGGAAGACAGGGACCUUAAUGUGGUUAUGGAGAUUUUAACUAAGAUGCCUGAGUCUUUCCAAGUUGAGAAACCACAGCUUUCUCAGAAAACUAAAGGCAAGAAGAAGGUUAAUAAGAAGAAGACGAAGCAGGAACAAGUUUCUGAUCCAGUUUCCAAGCUGAAGUUGUUGACAGAAAAGCCUGAAGCUUCUUGGAAUACUAAUGGCAAGAGCAAGACCGACACACGUGCUUCUUCACCAGCAAAAAAUGUUACGGAUUCAUCCUCCAAUACAACUGAGUCAUCGUCUCCAAUUCCAGAUAGCGAAUCCAAGGCUCCAAGCAUAAUCAGUCCCAGUUCCAAGGCCAAAAACAAAACUAGCUCCAAUGGCUCUCCUACCUCUGAUACACCCUCAAACCAUCCUUCUUCGGUCUUGGUCAUAAGGAUUAGUAAUCUUAACUCGAAGACAGCUGAUUCAAAGAUACACUCAAGGUGCUCGUCCAUUGGCUCUCUCGAGGGGCUUGCUAGGGUUAAUGAGGACAGUGUUGAGGUUUCCUUUCGAGCUAGAAGCAUGAACGAAGCAAAGUCUAUUCUGGAAAAGCUAAACAAAGCAACGGUAGACCAUUCUCAGUGGACGGCUGAGAUUGUACCAGAAUCUGAAGAAUCUUCUAAAGAUCAAAUAGGUAUGAGCAUCAGUAGUUCUUUCGAAGAUGUGAAAAAGCAACUAAUAAUGCGACAGAUUCUUGUGAAAGACUUGGAAGUUUUGAUGCACUCGAUAGUACAUCUGGAGAAUCAUCCAAUGGCUCGUGUAGGAAGGAACUAAAAGCUUUACAAUGGUCUCAAGAAGCCUAAUGGCGCUUUUGCUUAUUUGUCAAGUCUAUUGUUCCCUUGAUAAUUGGAAUGAAGUUCUUGAUGAUUGUUCUUAUGGGUUAAUGGGUCUGCGUAGUAGAGUUGCUUUCGGCCUAAUUUUGUUAGACCUGUUGAUAAAUGUUAAAACCCAAUUUUUGGGCAAUGUUAAGCCCAUUGAA